AUGACGACGAUGCGUAACGAGGUAGGUGGACGAGAGUACAUCACUUUUCCCAUCGUUUGCGCCGGUUCGCUCGGCUGUUGGUCCCAUUUGGAUCCGAUGACGGCGCGACUGAAGGGACUCGGCGUCGGUAUCUCCACGCCGACCGGCCAGUUUUCGCUCAAGGAUGUCGUCUACCAGGAUGCCGGCACGUACAAGUGUGUUGGCCAGAGUUCAACCAAUCGCAAAAAGCUCGAAGUGCUGCAAACGGUUUCGAUUGCUGUUAAAGGUGCACCGACGGUGAUUGCCCGGAAUACGACACCGGUGGCCUACCCGGGCUCACCGCUGCAUCUAUCGGUGGAGUUCUGUGCCAACCCGCCGGCGUACGCCGCCCGAUGGCUGCAUGGAGAUUUGGUCUACACACCGGGCAAGAAGUACGGUGACGAUGUGCUGGCUUACGGAUUCAUUAUCAAUGAACGAAAGUUAGCUGCCCCCGCCCACUCCCACACACCGAACGAUCAAACGACCGAGCUCUCCGUACUAUCCAAGUGA